AACAUUCUUCUCAUUUAUAAAGGAUAGCACAGUAUCGUCUAUUCACUAAUACAAGUGUUUGUUACAUAAGAAUAUUAAAAUAUAAUAUUCUAUGCCACUUGUAGGGAUGGACAUGAUUAAGAUCUACUAUGAUGAUGACAAUAAGCCGGUGCCAAUGCUGACAAACAUCUCUGAUGUUGUACCGACUCUGAAGGCACCAAAUGUGAGGUUCGGACCUCUGCCGUGCAAUUGUGCAGACCUGACUUGUGGAUGUUGUGUCAACAUGAACAUCCAGCUUUUCAACUUCCAAAGGCGUGCAUGCACGAAUUUCACUUAUGAUCCUUACGAGUUCUCAAUCGGCAUGAACUUACUGUGGAAUGAUGAGUCUAUAUAUAAGACAAGUGUAUCAGGCAAAAAUCCACCCCCGAUCUGCAUCCAGGCUCCUAUUCCGUAUUUACCCACCAUGGAUCAGUGCGUUAGAAUCUUCAACAUCUUCACACCGGGACGAAACAUCCAUAUGUGUAUGAACUUGGAAACCCGGUUUGAGCGAGUUCCGGUGCUGGUGCUACAGUUCGACUGUAUGAGAAUGGGGGCAGACGGGGUUGCCCUGUUGAAACCAGAGGCAGAGGGAGGACUGACACCUCCAAUGGAGGAGGAGGAAGAGGAGGAGGAGACAGAGGAAACGGAGGAGAAACCGCCACAGACCACUCAAGAAGCAGCCAACAUUUUCGAUCCUGUUGAUCCGGAUAAAAAGAAACUAAAUAGAACUAUUGGACAAAUGCAAGGAAAUGGCCAUGUAAUAAUAACUAUUACUGAAGAUGAAAACCUCAAUUCAAAUAAAACUUCUGAAACUGGUAAUGCUGAAAAUAAAAACAGUACUGGAACAUUUGAGGAAAUUACAACUUCAAAUAAAACUCUACCCUUAAACAUGACUAGAACAUAUGACAAUAAAGAAAAUGUUAAAAAGAAAGUUGAGAAAAGGCAAAAGAAUUAUACAUGAAUCACAAGACCUGCCUAUUUGAAUAUGGCAUAGGAUACUAUAUUUAUGAUACACCAUUGUAAUACACAAAAAGUAUGUAUAUAAUCUGUAGAUACUUUUGACAUUUCUGAGACAAGAAAACAGUAUGUAUGAAAAGUGUGUUACUUUAAUUAAAUUAUAUUAGUACAGCUAGAUUUAGAUGAUAGGGUAGGUAAGUCAUAAUGUUACAAUAUUGAGCUUCUAUAUUGCAACAAAGUUCAAAAUAAAAUGUUGUAAAUAGUUUAUCAACUAAUAAGGGUGACAACUAUUGAUUGUUAUUUUAAAGUAUUUUUAAUUUAAUUGUAAAGGCAAUGCAUUUUUUAAUGAACACAGUACAGCGUGCUUUGGCGUGGAAGAAUUUCAUUAAAAAUAUGUAUUACAAUUUAUAUUUUACUUAACAAUUUAAGACUUUAAAUUAUUUCUUGUAUGUCUAAUUCUCAGAUAAGAGUAUAAUUUAAUACCUUGAAUAAUGAAUUAUAAAACAUUAACAUUUACAGCCCAGGCGUCUAUGCUACUCUACAGUAAGUGGUAAUACAGUGGAACCUCAAGGGAAAAUAAAAACCUUCGAUAUAUCAAGAUUUCCGAUAUAAUGAAGUUCAAUACACCAAGGCUGUUUGGGACAGAGGUCCUCAAGGGAUACAACAAUAAUGUAGGCUUGAUUAAGAAUAUUAUGGGAAAUGUAAUUAAGGGUGAAAAUUUAGUAAAAGGUCACACUUAUUCUAUACACAAAAAAAAAAACAGACAAGAAAUAAUAGCAACUAUAUUGGUCUUUAUGAGAAUUCAUAAUAUAAUUUUUAAUUUUCAUUUUUCAUGUCUCGUAAUCA